AUGUCCGCUCAAUUCCCCGCCGCUGCCCCACAGCCACCCUCGGACCCUCUGCUCGUCCUUCUUCCUCUCCUCAUCGUCCUCUCCACCUUUCUCCUCCUUCUCCUCACUUUUCUCAUAUGCGCCAUCAUCGUCCGCCGCCGUCGCGCCAUCAUUCUCAGCGACUCGGACGGCCCAGUAGACCUUUCCAGGGAGCACCUUCUCGAGGCAGACGGUGGCUUUGACAACCUCGAGGCCCGUUUUCUAGAGGACGCCUCCGACUCUGCCCGCAGGGCAUAUCUCCGUGCCAAAGAGUAUCAGCUUCAGUAUCCCCCAAAUUCCCUCCCAACAGACAUAACCCUCUCCCAGUUUCUCUCAAUACAGGAAAAGGGCGUCUCUGCCUGGUGUUUCGAACCAGACUAUGAGACAGUCAACUCCCUCCUCGUUCAUGCCAGGACUGAAAUCACCUUCCUCCCAGACCCCGCCUCUUCCUCUUGCGUCCAGUCAAAUCUCCCCCUCCCAAAACUAAACGAGGUCUACUACUGGGAAGUAAAGAUGUUUGACCUUCCCCAGUCCACCACCGUCGCUGUCGGUCUCGCCACAAAACCAUAUCCUCCCUUUCGUCUCCCAGGUCUCAAUCGCUACUCCGUAGCAUACCAUUCAAACGGUGACAAGUCACACAACUAUCCCUUUACCGCAACGCCAUUUGGACCUCCUCUCAAAGAGGGCGAUGUCCUCGGCGUAGGCUAUCGUCCCAGAACAGGCACCGUUUUCUAUACCCGCAACGGUCGCAAGACAGAGGAUGCCUUCAUUGGCCUCAGCAGGUGGAACCUCUUUCCCACAAUCGGCGCAGAUGGUCCUUGCAGCGUACACGUUAAUCUUGGCCAGGCUGGUUUUGUCUUUAUCGAGGCCAAUGUAAAGAAAUGGGGUCUAGCUCCCAGUGUUGGCACUCUCGCACCGCCACCAGCAUAUGGCAGUGAGCGUGGUAGCAUCCUUCUUGAUGUUGGUGGUCGCAUACGAACAAAUCCUGAUGGCACCCCAUCUACCUCUUCCUCUCCAUCAUCUCCUCACCGUCAUAGGUCUCGUCGACCAAGACAAUCCUCAGCGCCUGGCGUCGCAUCACCCUUGCGCAGUUCUCUCCUUUCAGAACCUCCACCCAUGACCCCUCCGCCUCCAAUUACACCCAUAGACGAAGCAGUCGAAGAUGACUCUUCAUCAGACGAUCCGUCUGCCCCUUUGCUUAAUAGAGACCCCGGCAGUGAAGGUGUAUCUCGUUCACCUUCUCCGCCAAUUUCUCGUCCUCCCGACGCAGCUCCCUCUUCCGACUUGACGGUACAUCUCCAUCCUCCUCCAGAUUCACCAAUGAGCCCUAACAUCAAUCCUCCCACCCCCGGUGUUCGUGAUAUUCAUCUCCAGGCAAUCUCUCCUGGCCAUCGACGCGCAGGCAGCUCUGGCAGCUCUAACAACAACCCUUCUUCUACCCCGACCGACCGUCUCACCCCCUCCAGUCCCUUGACCAGACGGGAUCCUCCCGCAUACUCGCCUUUGGACGCAUACACUUAUGCAGAGGGAGUUCAUAUUGAUCUUCCAGCUGAAGUUAUCGCUGCUGCCUUGGAAGGAAACAGCGUCCCCGCCGCGUCUAUUGGACAGUCAAAUUCUUCCCAACCCUCAGAUAGACGUCGGUCUAGAAGGAGAUGA